UGUGGGCAUCGAUAAUAGAAUCCAUCUUGCUGCCAGCGUGUUUACAGAAGGUUCACCAUGGCGUCUCCUUUGGCUUUGUCCAUGUUGCUGCUCGCAGGCAUUGCGGUGGCGAAUGGCAGUCGUAUCGUGGGAGGUCAGCCGGCGCCCAUAGAGAGGUAUCCCUCCAUCGUGCAGGUGGACGGACUGGGCGUUUUCUCGGGCACCUGGUCGCAGACAUGCGGCGCCAACAUUCUCACCUCCAGAUACGUCUUGUCCGCAGCACAUUGCUUUGCUGGAUUCCUGUAUGAGCCUACCCGCCGUCGCAUCAGGGCUGGUACCGCAGACAGGAACUUUGGUGGGUCCAUUGUGUACGUUGAACGGGAGUUCAAUCACCCAAGUUACGGUUUGUUGGGCAUGGACGGUGACAUCAGCGUGGUGCGCCUGCUGACAGCGCUGGUCUACUCACCCGUCGUCCAGCAAGGGACCAUUGUCGCUCCAGACACACAAGUGCCCGACAAUGUGCCGGUCGUUCACGCCGGAUGGGGCGCCACUUCGCAAGGAGGUCCCGCAUCAAGCGUUCUUCUGGACACCACAAUCUAUACCGUGAACAACGACCUCUGUCGGGAGCGCUACUUACACAGUCCGCGACAGGACAUCGUCACACCAAACAUGAUCUGUGCUGGUCUCCUGGACAUCGGAGGCCGUGACGCUUGCCAAGGAGACUCUGGUGGUCCUUUGUACUUUGGGGAUAUCAUUGUCGGCAUCGUCUCAUGGGGCGAGGGCUGUGCAAAUGCCACCUUCCCCGGUGUCAGCGCCGCCGUUUCUCCUUACACUAACUGGAUUCGUGACACCGCCGUGUGAAAUAGUUUAUAAUAUGUUUAGUUAUUAAAAUAAAAGCUACUUUAAUAUUUAAAUUA